AUGUCUAAGCUACAACCUACUGAGACGUCGAGCUUGGAUAUCAUCCAAUCGGUCAUCAAGGACCCGUCCAUCAAGCCCUCACCCGAAGCAAUCAAGGUGCUCUUCAGCAACGUCUCCUCCUCGGACGGAUUGGUACGUGUCCAGGCUUUGAAGGCCUUGGCUUCCGUCUUACAGCACCAAGAAAGCCAUGGACCGGCUUGGUUUGAAAGCGCGCUAGAAUCUAUGUUGCAUUCCACCCUAGCUCUCGAGGUUUGCGAUGGCUUCGCUGCUCUUGCCGCUAUUUGGUCGAUUUCUCCAGACCAGGCACUCCAAUUCCUUCAAACUGAUGGCUUUUUCUCGCGUCUUGCCGAAUCAGUCCUUAAGCUUGCCGCGAGCCAACCAGAACAGGCCGACUUGAACAAAUUCUUUUCCGACUUCCUUGCGUGUUGCCUAGACCACAAAUCCCUCGGCGCCAAAAUUCAAUCAGAGUGGCCCGAAUGUUUGGAUUGGUUAACUGGGAUGUCUCUAGCCACCAGGGUCUCUAUUCCUGCCCGCUGUGGAGCGAUUCUGGCGUUACUGAAAUUGCGAAGAUCAACGGAUCUCCAAUCCGCACCGAUACCUUCAUCUGAUCAGCUUGUCGACCUUCUGAUGAUAAGCUUCUUGGGAAACAAGAAUCCUCCAAACUCGGCCAUCGAAAGUUUGGCGCUUCUCAGCGAGGACGAAUCCGUCCGAAAAACCUUGAGAGAGAGGUCCGAAGCUUUCUUUCAAACUACCAAAUCUCUCACACAAAGUGAUCGGGAUCACGAGGCCGACCAAAUCAAGUUUACGCCCUCUCGAUCUUUAGCCUUUGGACUAGCGACCGUCAUCCUCCAUCUUGUAUCUUUCAAGGUGCUUACAAACGAAUUUCCAGCUGAUGAUAAAGCUCGAGAGAAGCAGGAACACAGAAGACACCGUAUGCUAUUAUCGAAUAGACAUUAUUGGCCCUGGGAGCUCCCGCCCACCGACCAGGACGGAGCUAAAGAAAAACAUGACAGGGAGCUGUUGGUUUGGCUCUGGUCUACACUUGAGCGUAAUUCCGACUUGAUUCAAACCUUGGCUUGGCUUUCGAAGACUGGCGAUGCAAGUCCACAACUCAAAGCCACUAUUACCAAAGUGUGGCUGAACCUUGUUGAAUAUGACGACUGCGCGAUGCUUGCAUCGAAAUCUGGGGGCCCAGAUAUCGUGUUGGAUAUGAUCAUCAACACCCCCAAAUUCUCUGGUUACCUCUCGCAACAGCAGCCGCCUGGCACACCAGCUCUCGUGACAAACGCAAUGUCAACUCUCAGCAGUCUUGUCCUCGAUCCACACGAGCUUGAAAUGAUCCAAGUAUUGGCCAAAUUGAAUGCUUUUUACAGUUCAGACAAGGAUUUCCAGCGAUCAAUGAUCAAGCUACUCACUAUUCUGUUCCUUCACCCGUCUUCGACCAAGUUUCAGACUUACCUGGCUCUUACAGCCCUUUCUAGAGUUAUCCGAUCUGAGGGUGCAACGGCCGAAGUGCUUGGAUGCUCUCAACUUCUGGAUCGAUUGGACCAACUCGUGGUAUCUGAGUUUUCUCGAGAAAUUCUUGAAGUCAUCAAUAGCCUCAUCGCCAAACCAGCCUACUUUAAGAGAUUUGCGCCGCCAUCGCCAGCAGGCUCAAAUCAAACCGAUAUCACAUAUAUCACUAGGCUUCAAGAUUUAAUCAGUUUAAUCAAUCAUAAAGAGGUCGAAGUUUCUUGUGAGGCUGCUAGCGUGUUCCGCAACCUUGUUCAAGCAUCCCCGGAAGUUGGUCAAGCAAUCGUAUCCGAUCACUCUUUGACUGAGAGUUUGUUGAAGACCUUCAAAAUUUGGGCUAAUGGCGAGCGCGAUUCGGACGGCUAUUACUCGUCGACAAGUAGGAACAUGCUUGCAGCAUUUCAGGCAAUCUACGAUAACCUCCCCUGCCCCUCAGAGGGCGAUCCUUAUGCACUCUUUGUCGACGACCGUUUGCACUAUGGGCUCAUGCAAAUCGACAGCUUUUGCUCAGAGGGCAUGGAACACGGACAAUUUGAAGAUUGUGCUGCUCUUAGAGAGAAAAUCACCAGACUCUCUAAAUGCAUUGUCGAGCAAUUUUACCCACGAAAAAAAUUCAAUCACUAUGAUUUACAUGAUCGUGAACCUCCUAAAUGGGAGGAUUAUAAUUAA